AGAAGGCGCAGAAAUCAAUUCAAUCCACAAGUCACAGAGCGACGAUCGGGUGGGAAAAUUGAGUACAAGAAAAUUAACAAGAUUAGAGUAAACAAAAGCUAAAAGAAAAUGAGGAGACCGACGAAGAUCAUAUUUGUAAUAAUUCUUGUAGCGGCGUUGGCCGUCGCCCUUUCCGCAGGCUGUAACGAAAGCUCCAGAAAAUUAUUGGGGCCUUCUACUUCGAUUGGCCGAUUAGGAUCGCCGGCGACGACUUCCACCGUAUUCCCACUCUACGGCAAUGUUUACCCUAAUGGGUUCUAUUUCGCGCAAGUUUAUGUCGGGUAUCCUCCGCGGCCCUACUUCCUGGAUCCCGACACCGGCAGUGAUCUCACCUGGCUCCAAUGCGACGCCCCUUGUGUCCGUUGCACCACCGGGUUCCAUCCGCUGUACCGUCCGAGCAACGAUCUCGUCGUCUGCCGGGAUCCGGUCUGCGCGUCGCUCCACUCCGGCGACUACACUUGCGACACGCCGGAGCAGUGCGACUACGAGGUCGAGUACGCCGACGGAGGCUCGUCGCUCGGCGUGCUCGUCAACGACUUCUUCGCGUUGAAUCUCACCACCGGGUCUAGAAUGAGUCCUCGACUCACUCUCGGGUGCGGCUACGAUCAGCUCCCGGGGGCGUCCGAGCACCCGUUGGACGGAGUUUUAGGCCUCGGACGGGGAAAAUCGAGCAUCGUUUCUCAGCUUCACGAUCAGGGAGUCGUGAAGAACAUCGUUGGCCAUUGUCUGAAUUCGCAAGGCGGGUUCCUCUUCUUCGGCGACGAUGUUUAUGAUCCGUCGCGCGUAACGUGGACUCCCAUGUCCCGCGAUGAUCCAAAGCACUAUUCGGCCGGACCGGCGGAGCUUCGGUUUGGCGGGAGAAGCACUGGGUUUAAGAACCUCAACGUGAUCUUCGAUAGCGGGAGCUCUUACACGUACUUUACGUCACAGAUAUAUCAUACUCUUCUUUCUCUGAUAAAGAAAGAGGUAAACGGGAAGUCGUUGAACGAGGCGACGGAUGACUACACACUUCCCGUGUGCUGGAAAGGCAAGAAGCCCUUCAAAACGACGCGGGAAGUGCGAAAAUACUUCAAGUCUCUCGCUUUGGUCUUCGCCAGCAGUUGGAGGAGUAAAGUUCAGUACGAGAUUUCGCCCGAGUCGUAUCUCAUUAUCUCGUCGAAGGGCAAUGCGUGCUUGGGGAUUCUUAACGGGACAGAUAUCGGAUUGAGCAACUUCAACAUGAUCGGAGAUAUAUCGAUGCAAGACCGGUUGGUGAUCUACGAUAACGAGAGGCAACGCAUGGGUUGGACCCCGGCGAAUUGUGAUCAGCCCCCGAAAUUUCGAAGCGUAAUGUAAAGCGUAGGUUAUCGCAUUUGAUCCCUUUGUAUAUACAAAUAGUUAUUCGACUAAAACGGAGUGAGAACUCAGCACGCACGAAGAGUGUGUUAGGACAUGGCCAUGGCCAUUGCUAUGGUUCGAUGUAAUUCGCUUAGAUACUUUAUAUCAUGGAUUGAUAGUUCUUACU